GGUCUGUGAGUCACAUGACCCUGACAUUAAAGCGGAAAUGACAGUUAGCGCUUCACAGUCUCACGGCAGAUAAAAGGGCUGUGAUGUGAUGAUGGCAGCAGCAGCCAGUGUGUCUCAGUCUGCCACAGAGAAAUCACAGCUGACUUUGAAAGUGUUGUCUGCUAAGCCUCAGUCUCCUAAACUGCCCAAUCGUCACUCUCGGUUGAGUUCGUUUGUGGAAGUGACUGCUGACGGGCUGACCAGUGAAACGAAGAAAACAGGCAAACGCACUGGACACCUAGAGCUGCAGUGGAAUGAAGACCUCACCCUGAACGUGACUCCUCAGAGUCGUUUGGAUCUGAAGUUGUGGAGUUGUCACACUUUGAGGAAGGAACUUCUGGGCAGUGCCAGCAUUGACUUACUGGACACUCUACGAACACAUGAUGGCAAGAUGGAGAAUGUUCAGCUCAGUCUGGUUCUACAGACCGAGAACAAAGGCUUGGUUGUAGCAGGAGGUGAGCUCAACGUCUGUCUGGAUGGCCUGGUUGUUGAUCUAGGAUCUCUGCCCAAUGGCAGCGCUGCCCCAGACAAGAUGGUUCACUCGAGCAGGUCUAAUCAUAGUGAGGAGAGCUCAAGUACCAGCAGCCCCCGUGGACGAAGUUUAGCUCAUUCUGUGGGUUCUUGUGGAGAUUCUCCAGCGGACAUCAGAGGAGCUGUUCUCACGAAUGGAGAGCUGAACGGAGAAGCUGUAGACGACACACACUGCUCGAAGACGGCCAUCAGCAGCUUGAGCAGUGCUGGUAAAGGUGAGACGGCUGCUAAUGGCUCCCCCUCACUGAGCUCAACCCCCUCGGCUGAGAUGGACAGUUCUGCCCCGCCAGCAGCCACAGAGACCCCAUCCUCCGCUGACCAGAGCAGUACAGCCACAGAGACACACACCACUGAUGCACUGCCUGCUGGUUGGGAACAGCGAAUUCUCCCUCAUGGACGAGUCUACUAUGUGGAUCACAACACAAAGACCACCACAUGGGAGAGACCCCUCCCACCAGGCUGGGAGAAGCGUGUGGAUCAGCGUGGCAGGUUCUACUAUGUGGAUCACAACACCAGAACCACCACGUGGCAGCGGCCCACAGCCGAGUCUGUGCGCAACUAUGAGCAGUGGCAGUCUCAGCGCAGCCAGCUGCAGGGAGCCAUGCAGCAGUUCAACCAGAGAUACCUCUACCAGUCGUCCGGAGGUACGGUGGAGAAUGACCCGCUCGGGGCUCUUCCUCCAGGCUGGGAGAAACGUCAGGACAACGGAAGAGUGUACUAUGUCAAUCACAACACGCGAACGACGCAGUGGGAGGACCCUCGAACCCAAGGGAUGAUCCAGGAGCCGCCCCUGCCGCCCGGCUGGGAGAUGAAGUACACGGCAGAGGGGGUGCGAUACUUUGUGGACCACAAUUCUCGCACCACCACCUUUAAAGACCCCCGGCCAGGCUUUGAGUCAGGCUCAAGACAGGGAGGCUCUCCGGGUGCGUACGACCGCAGCUUCAGGUGGAAAUAUCACCAGUUCCGCUUCUUGUGUCAUUCCAACGCACUACCCAGUCACGUGAAGAUCUCCGUAUCCCGACAGACUCUCUUUGAGGACUCAUUUCAGCAGAUCAUGAACAUGAAGCCGUAUGACCUCCGCCGGAGGCUCUACAUCAUCAUGAGAGGAGAGGAGGGACUGGAUUACGGAGGAAUAGCCAGGGAGUGGUUUUUCCUGCUGUCUCAUGAGGUGUUGAACCCCAUGUACUGUCUGUUUGAGUAUGCCGGGAAAAACAACUACUGUCUGCAGAUUAACCCUGCUUCUUCCAUCAACCCCGACCACCUCACCUACUUCCGCUUCAUUGGCCGCUUCAUUGCCAUGGCAUUGUAUCAUGGGAAGUUCAUUGACACAGGCUUCACGCUGCCCUUCUACAAGCGCAUGCUUAACAAGAAACCCACCCUGAAAGACCUGGAGUCCAUCGACCCUGAGUUUUACAACUCCAUCAUGUGGGUCAAGGAGAAUGAUUUGGAAGAGUGCGGCGUGGAGCUGUACUUCGCCCAGGACAUGGAGAUUUUGGGCAAGGUGACGACACACCAGCUGAAGAACGAUGGAGAAAAUGAACUCGUCAUGCAGGACAACAAGGAGGAGUACAUUAGUCUGCUCACUGAUUGGCGCUUCACACGCGGGGUGGAGGAGCAAACGAAAGCCUUCCUGGAUGGGUUCAAUGAAGUUGUGCCUCUGGAGUGGUUGCGUUAUUUUGAUGAGAAAGAGCUGGAGCUCAUGUUGUGUGGGAUGCAGGAAAUCGAUCUGAACGACUGGCAGAAGAACACCAUCUAUCGGCAUUAUACCAAAAACAGCAAGCAGAUCCACUGGUUCUGGCAGGUGGUAAAGGAAAUGGACAAUGAAAAGAGAAUUCGCCUCCUGCAGUUUGUCACAGGAACUUGUCGCCUGCCGGUUGGAGGCUUUGCAGAACUGAUAGGAAGUAACGGGCCACAAAAGUUCUGCAUAGACAAAGUGGGGAAGGAAACCUGGCUGCCUAGAAGUCACACCUGCUUUAAUCGACUGGAUCUGCCACCCUAUAAGAACCAGGAGCAGCUCCGAGAAAAACUUCUGUUCGCUAUCGAAGAAACUGAGGGAUUCGGACAAGAGUGACGAGACUGAUUAUAUCUCGGCAUGGAAGGGACAUUCAUUUCUUCUGAAUAGGCCAUUCAUGUGGACUGAAUGAACAGACUGUUGAUUAGACUAGCAGCAGAUUUACAAUUCAAACACUAGUUCACCUAAAAGUGGAAACUCAACUCAUUUAUUCAAAACCGAUGCGCUGUUAUUUUUCUGUGCAACACAAAGGACGAGUUUCGAAAAGAGCUGCAUAAAGAUUCUUCAGACUUCAACGUUUGUCCUCCACUGAAUAAAUAAUAGCAUGCUGGUAUGUAAUGACAUGAGGAUGAGCGAACAACAGCUUCAUUUUUGGGUUAACUGUACUUUUAAACACUGAUGGACCAGCAGCAGAUAGAUGAUUUGUUUGAAUGUAAUAUUUGAGUUGGUAAAUUCAGGGGAUGAUGAUUUCACCUUACAUUUCUAUGCAGAGAAAGCAAUGCAAAUUAUGAGAGAGUUCACAGCAUAACCAGAUUUGUAAAUCAAGUCAAAAUGAAUUCCCUAAAUCUCCCUGCUUAUAAUGCAGCAUCCAAUACAGAAAUAUUACUAUACUAACAAAAUAAACGGCAGCGAAUCUUCAGUUGCAGAUGUCGUGGGCCGCAGAGCUGUCAUAUCAGUGUGUGUAUGUGGACUAGAAGACCACUGAGAGGAUAGAGAAAAUAAUUGUUUUAAAGAGAAUGAGCAGACGUGAUUUCAUUAUUUUGUGACAUGCCAUGCUACA